AGGAGCUGGAUCAGUCCACCAUACGAGUGUUGUUAAUUUCGUUCGCCUUCGGUACACAGAAUGGUAAAUUUCGUGAGCAUUUUUGCAUUGUUUGUCUUUCUCGCAAGCAGAAGUCAAGCCAUGCAAUGCAUCAUUGAACAGCAGCUCGACCCAGGAACGCAUCGGUUCCGCUGGCUGAUUCGGGGCGAGGACCCCUGCCAAUGCACAACUAUCGGAAUGGGCGGCCUUGUGACCGACUCAGCGCUCCAUUCCACCAAGAUGACAUAUUACGAUACUUUCCUAAUCAGCAGCGAUAAACAGGAGAUACAACGCUGGCUGACCUGUCCAGACGUCUCUGGUUGCUCGCUGGAGGAACGCCUGGGGAUGGAGGACGGCCUCAUCCCGGAUGACCGCAUAACCGCCUCCUCGGUUCGCAAGAAUUUGGCCAAUUACGCACCACAGAGAGCGAGGCUGGGGACACAGGGUUGGGCUGGUGCCUGGUGUUACGAUGAUAAAAGUGAUAGCCAUCCGUGGAUACAGGUCGACUUCAGCAGCAGAGUCACCGUCUCUGGCCUCGUAACCCAAGGUCGGAGUGAUUACGAGGCGUGGGUGACGGAGUACCAAGUGGCUUACCGCGACGAUAAGCAUGCUUUGAAUCACGUGACUGAUGCAGUUGGGUCACCAGUCAAGUUUCCAGGUAACACCGAUCAGAACACGCAUGUUGCAACUCGACUCCCGAAACCCUUGCGCACAAGACUUCUGCGCAUACUGCCCACUGGAUGGCACUCGUAUUGCUGCAUAAGGUUUGAUGUGAUUGGCUGUUAUCAGGACUGAGUUCAGAAUUUAAGCACAUGUAUUUUGGCGGUCAUGAUACAGCUCAGCAACAGUGCCCAUCAUUCAUGUCAAAAACAGAACUUGGGUACCAAUAAGUAGAUAAUGUAUGUGAUUGAGAAAACCGCUUAAUAUAUUUUAAAACAUGGCUAAGAUUUCCCAACUUCUUCUUUCAGCUAGAGACUUGGCAUUUGACCACACUGACCCUUCUGCUUGAUCAGUAAAAAUUCCCAGAUUAAAUUACUUAAGCUUAUUGUAAUAGUAGUUACGGAGCUGAAUCCCUUUGAAGCUUUGGUUCACUGCUUAUCAAAUUAAUGUUUACAGAAAUCAUCCAGAGUUCCUGAAUUUCCCUUCCUUUCCUUCAUAUUGGAAAAAAAGAGUAAAUUUGUGCCCAACUUUUGUCAUGGUAAUUAAUUGUUCUGUCAUGUUUGCCUACAUUUCGAACUAUUACCGACUUCAGUUUACUUGUCCAUACCUGAUGUACAAUAAGCCUUUUGUGAGUUAAAUUUCAAUAAAAUCUGGUACACUGGGUUCUUUAAAUUCAUCUGAACAUAACAAUUUGAAUUCUCCAUACUGAAACGCCGUUGCUAUACUUCGUGAUUCGAGACAAGCUUUUGCUAAGUUACACAUUAAGAGACGCCUUGCAUCAAUACACUGUUCAAUGGAAAAGAAGGGCAUAAAGGAACCGGUCCAAUAACAACAUAAUUAGAGGUAUAACGACAACACAACACCGAAAAUGUUCUCUCAUUAGACAAUGUCAAGCGAUUAAAACAUAGACCAUAACUCUCUGCGGAAUAUCCUGUUGUGGAAAUUUGUACAAUAUUCCACCAGUCGCUUUCAUGUGAAUUAAAGAAACGAACAAAAAGACUGAAAAGAAAGCUACACUCAUUGGAAUUACUGGUUCUGGCAGGAUAAAUUUUUUAAAGAACGGUACAGCUAAACAAAACCAGUCAUAUUUCCGGGUCACGGCUUUGGCAAGGCCAUUUUGAAGAGUUUCUAGGGGGCAGGAUUAAAGGAUCACCGACUUCCAUUAAAUCGAAAAGAGCUUUACUGAAGGCUAAUUUCUGACAUUCGGUGCGACACGUAAAGGGCAUUGCACUAAGGGUGGUAUGUAAGAGGGAGAGCUGUUUUGCAAUUUACCGGGGAGUAUAAACAGCGCUAUCCCACCGCAGGCAGAUCCCGGACUUACUUUGGCAAAUGUUUGUAACCAAUAGACCUACAAAUAACUCAUGGGACACAGGUGUUGGUUCCGUGCUAUUAAAGAGAAAAUUCUUAUCUGCAAAUAAGUCGAGCGGUUAUUCAAUUUGAAUAAAAAAUUCAGAGAACAAUUUUCAGUUUGUUAAUAAUUUUUUCAUGGCUUUUUACUUUAUUCUUGCACAAGUUCAAGCAGAAUUAUGACUUCAGUGCCUGGGAAGUACAAUCACAGAGAAAGAAGUUAUUGUUGAAAAUAACAACAUGUAUUCCGUAUCCAUGCAUCAGUGAUUUCUUAUUGAGAUGAGUUAUUUUUGGUGACCGUGCGCUUGUUACGAAUAAAUUGUUCUUCAGUCCAUUAAUCACCAAGCAAAGGAACGUCAAGCUCACCGGGGAUACCGUUUUUAUGUGGAACGAAAAAUAUUAGCGAUGGGCAAAAUGAUAAAGAAAAUGGAAUCGGAAAUAGUUGUAAUCAAUUCUGAAGUUACCAUUUUGAAAUUUGACCACGAAAUGAUGUGAAAAGGACUAUCAGAAACCCUAAACAUUAAAAGAUUUGUUGCUUGUCAAACUAGUAUGAGGGUAAUGUUGGCCAAUCUUGCAAAAAAAUCCACAAUAUCAUUUAAUUAAUAAGAUAUAAAUUUUUGCUUGAGAUACAUCCUUACAUAUAUAGAGUUAUUUAUAAACAGUGCUACCAGGGUAUCGAUUUUAAGCCCCUUGGAACUUUUUUUGGCGGAAUGGGAUAGGUUUUGCCUUUACAACCCCGCCCCCAAAAAAAUCAUAGCCAGUUUUGGAGUUUCUGUUUAGUACUUAACUAAUGACACGUUUUUUGCAAUGAAAAAUUCAACGUGUGAACCAACGCAUCUCAAUUUUGAACAGGUUGUUACGUACAAUGAGGCAGUCACGCCUAGUAGCAUAGAAAUACAUCGUCACUAAUUAAUUGUAAACGUAAUUUAUAGCAGUGGUCAGUUCUAUGCGGCAGUUGAAGUGACCUGAAAUAUAUCUCUGUGUAAAGACAAUUGUUCUCUCUGGUGUCCACGUCCAUUUCCAUGUCACGUCCAUUUCAAGUAAUUACCUGUGUCAGGUUUAAGUCAAUUCCAUUUACAUCAUCUGUAAAUUUGUUCGUUGCUCUGUCUUGUCUGCCAUUGUCGCGUAUUCCUUCUUUUUAAUAGCCUCUCGGUCUGUUCAUUGUCCAGUGGGCCAGGGUAGAAAAGUGUCUGCUUAAGCCAUAUCAGCA